UGUAUGCUUCCCGAAAGCAUUUUAUGCAUUUACGUUGUUUGUUGUAAGGUGGAUGGAUUCCUAUUUUGUUUUACAAUAAUUUAUUCGGUAUUACACCGGCAUCAUAGCGAACUGCUUUAUUUCGGGUCCUGUGGCAAGGAAGCAAAAGAGAUGACGGUCCAUAAUCUGUACAUAUUUGAUCGUAACGGCAGCUGUUUGUACUACAAUGAGUGGAACCGCAAAAAGCAAGCCGGAAUCUCGAAAGACGAGGAGUUUAAGCUGAUGUAUGGGAUGUUGUUCUCCAUCCGGUCUUUUGUCAGCAAAAUGUCUCCUCUUGACAUGAAAGAUGGUUUCCUUUCCUUUCAGACCAGCAAGUAUCGCCUUCACUACUACGAGACUCCUAGUGGACUCAAGUUUGUCAUGAACACUGACUUGUCAGUUAGUAAUGCAAGAGACCAUCUACAGUACAUUUACAGCAAUAUCUAUGUGGAGAACAUUGUCAAGAACCCAACAUGUACAUUGGGUGACAGUUUGGACAGUGAGUUGUUCAGCACCCGACUGGACUCUUUCAUCAGAGGGCUGCCAUAUUACAGCCCACGAGCAGCUUAACUUGGAUCCACAAAAUAUUUAUUGGUGUACAAAUUUCACUCCUGUGUUUUUCUUCUGUUUUACAUAUUAAAGAGAAAAAUGAGUAAAAUGU